AAUAGCUAAAGCAUCAUUUCACACUAGUCUCAUUAGCUUGGUGAGAAGGAUGACAGCCCUUCUCCUCUUACUAGCCGUGGGGUCUGCGGCCACCCUCUCCAGCGCUGACCUCUACGGCAACCCCUCGCCCCCACCACCGCCUGCUGUUUCUGCGCCUCCUCCGCCGUCUGCAGUGGCCGGAAAGAAGUUUCCGCAGCAGUUUAUGGCGUGCAACGACCCGACCACCACAUGCUACGGCAAGAACAUUACCUGCCCACAGCAGUGCCCUUCCUUCAAACCUGCUGACCCAACUGCCAAGGCCUGCACCAUUGACUGCUCCACCCCCACAUGUGAAGCCUAUUGCAAGAAUCGCACAGCAAACUGCAAUGGAGUGGGCUCGGCAUGCGGGGACCCAAGGUUCGUCGGAGGAGACGGGAUUGUGUUCUAUUUCCACGGCCAAACAAACCAGUACUUUAGUCUCGUGUCCGACCGGAACCUCCAGAUUAAUGCGCGUUUCAUCGGCCGCCACCCUGAAGGGAGGAAGCGUGACAACACUUGGAUUCAGGCUCUUGGCGUCAUGUUCGGUCGCCACACAUUUACCCUCGCUGCCAACAAGGUGGCCAAGUGGGACAACAGCAUCGACCAGCUCCAGUUCACAUACGAUGGUGAGCCUGUCCACGUUGGCGAGGGCCACCUGGCUAGCUGGACCGCUGCCGACAGUGACCUGAGCCUGGAGAGGACCGCCCACUGCAACAGCAUAACCCUGACACUCCCAGGGGUUGCCGAGGUCUCCGCGAACGUGGUCCCCAUCACGAAGGAGGAUGAUAGGAUUCAUAACUACCAGAUCCCCGAGGACGACUGCUUCGCCCACCUGGAGGUGCAGUUCCAGUUCUUCGACCUCUCUGAGAUGGUCGAGGGCGUGCUGGGGCAGACCUACAGACCCGACUUCGCGAGCCCGGUCAAGAGAGGGGUCGCGAUGCCAAUCAUGGGAGGCGAGAACAAGUACAGGACUUCUUCCCUUGUGUCGGCUGACUGCAGCUACUGCAACUUCUCGCCCGAGCUGCGGGGGAAAGUUACCGCUCUCUCAUUGGAGCCGACCAACGUGAUGGAGUGCACCAGCAAGAUGAGCGAUGGCCAUGGAGUGAUUUGCCGCCGAUAAUGUCUAGGAUAAUUGUGGAAGUUAGAUCGUGUCAUAGUACUCUAGAGAACGUACUAGUUUACACACCAGUCGUAUUCUAGCAGCAGAUCAAUGAUGUAUCAAAGCAGAUUUCGUCUUUUUAAUGUUUCAAAGUAGAUUCUGAGAUAAACGGUUGUCCAAGAACUAUAUGAAAUAAUAACAAUAGCAAUAUAGAGUUGUUU